GCAUAUAACACCAAUUAUGAAUUAAUUAAUAUGUCUGAAAAUUUAACUAAAGUCAUAUUAAGCGAUAAUUAUAAUCGAGAUUAUUCUGCUGAAAUAUUAUUUCACAAAAAUCUUUUGAAACUUCGUUAAUCAAACAUGCAAAUACUAUGCGAUAUUUUAAGAUGACCAGACAACCAAUCACGAAUAUACUUUCAUCUUUUAUAAAUUUAAAAGAAUUGGAAUUGGAUUGUGGUCGUUAUUGUUCAUGGAAUUGUUUAGAGAAUUUAUGUUUACCUUUUUUACAAAUUUUAAAAGCUAAAACUAUACCAGGUGAAAAAUUAGCAAGUUUAAUUGAAAAUACAGGUGGUUAUCUUAACGAAAUAAGUAUUGAAUUCAGUUUACCGGAAGAGAUUAAUAAUAAAAAAAUCAUUCAGGCUAUAUAUAAAAAAUGUCCAAAACUUAAGUAUCUUAAAUCAAUCUUUUUGGGUGAAAAUAUCACAGAAUUUGAAAAAAUAUUGAUUAAUUGUCAAUAUUUGGAUGAAUUAUUUAUUUCAGUUGAUAAUUUGUUUGAACCGGAUAAAUUAUUUGAAAUAUUAACUAAAUCAUCACCAACUAGUUUAUAUAAGUUUAGAAUUUGGAAUUUAUCUAAACCAGAAUCUUUAAAGUUAUUUUUCGAUAAUUGGAAAGGUAGACAUCCGAUGUCUUUUUUGGAAUUUGAUUUUAAAAAUGGAAGGGAUUUUACUUCUGAUUUAUUAGAUUUAAUAAAAAAAUAUAAGGGAGAAAGAGUUAUAGCAAAUUAUUCGUUCAGAAGAUGAUUUUAGUUUAUUUGAUUGUUUGAUUACUUACUUUUUUACUCCUUUUAUUCAUAAUCUCACCGUAUAAAUUAAAUUUUAUGUUGAUAAAAAUGAAUUUUUU